UUGAACUUUUAAAGAGAAGCAGGAAAAGAUAAAACCAACAGCCAGGGUGACCACAACUUCAUGCCGUCUGAGUCUUCAGAGCAGUCUACAGUAGCCAACAUGUCUUGGGUCCUGCUUUGUGUGUUCUGCCUCAUCAUUCAAACUCCAGCCAUGAAACAAACUCCUGAAUUUAAUCUCCAUGCAAUAGUUCAUCCCAAAAUACUACACAGUUUACAUGAAAAAGGAAUGGAGAACAACCAGACAGAGGAACAAGGCAAAGAGGAAACUUAUAUAUCUGAAGUUCAGUACCUGAUCAAAUUAAAUGGAGAAAAAAUCAUUCUUCACCUACAAAAAGCUAAGCAUGUCCGAGUGCCAUACUGCACUGAAACACACCACUCCCACAAAGGAGAGGAAAUAACCAGGAGCUCUCAGAACAUGAAACACUGUUACUAUGAAGGUCACAUCCUGAAUGAGAAGGAUUCUUUUGCCAGCAUUAGCACCUGUGAUGGGUUGAGAGGAUGCUUCACACGACACGGCCAAAGAUACCUGAUCGAGCCCCUGCAGAGCUCAGAGCAGAGCGAACAUGCAGUCCUGAUGCACAGCCAGGAGGGGUCAGACAUGGCGAAUUGCUUAUGCGGCGUGAGAAGAGCUGGCAGGAAACAAGGCCAGAGCAGGAUGUCGAGGUCACUGAACCGUACAGAGCCACAAGACUUCCCGCGGGAACAGAAGUACAUUGAUCUCUUUCUGGUGCUGGAUAACGCCUUUUACAAGAUGUAUAAUGGGAACCUCACUGUGAUAAGAAACUUUUUGUCUGAUGUGCUGAACCUACUCAAUGUGAUGUAUAACACUAUGGAUGUUCACGUGGCCUUGGUAGGUAUGGAAAUCUGGUCCGAUGGUGACAAGAUCAAAGUGGAACCUAACAUUGGCAAAACGUAUAGUACAUUUCUGCAAUGGCAUAGAUCUACCCUGGGGAAUAAGAAGAUCCAUGAUCAUGCUCAGCUUCUCAGUGGAAUUGGCUUCUACCAUCGCCGUGUGGGAAUGGCAAACUCGAAUUCCUUGUGUUCCCCAGCUUCGGUCGCUGUCAUUGAGGGUAUAAAUAAGAAUAACGUGGCUCUUGCAGCAGUGAUGGCCCAUGAGUUGGGCCAUGUCCUUGGAAUGCCUGACAUUCCCUACACCACCAAGUGUCCCUCUGGCAGUUGUGUGAUGAGUCAAUAUCUGAGUUCAAAAUUCCCAAAGGAUUUUAGUACAAUCUGCCGUUCGCGGUUUCAAAAAUACAUUCUAUCUCAAAAACCAAAGUGCCUGCUACAAGCACCUACUCCUAAAAAUAUAAUAACCAAACCAGUGUGUGGAAACCAACUUUUGGAAGUAGGAGAAGACUGUGAUUGUGGCUCUCCUAAGAAUUGCACUGAUCACUGCUGUGAGGCCCUGACCUGCAAACUGAAAAGUGGACCUGACUGUAGAGAAGACACUUCUGAUCACAUCACGUGA